AUGCAGUUCUCUACCCUCUUCGCCACCCUCGCCCUGGCCCUCGCGCCCGCCGCCCUGGCGGCGCCCUCCGAGGGCCAGACGGUCGAGGCGCGCGACCAGCACCUCAUGACGGCCUGGGACCUGACCAACUUCCAGGGCUCCAAGCUCGAGGCCAAGGCCGAUCCGGGCCAGUGCAAGGACUUCGCCGGUGCCUUCGACAACAAGGUCUCGAGCGCAAAGGCGCAGCGCGGCUGGAGCUGCACCAUCUGGGCCAACAAGAACUGCGGGGGCGCCAAGGCCACCUUUGGUGUCAACGGCAUCGCCAACCUGCCCUCGGCCGUCAACAACAAGGGCAGCAGCUGGAAGUGCGUCAAGGCUUAGGUUUCGCCACCACGAGACUCUUGAACGACGGGCAUGCUGUGAAGGCGGAGAGACAGCGAUGCGUGGCUGGGCGGG